AUGGAGUCCGUACGGCAGUCGUGUCGCCCGCGGCAUCAAGUCCUGACCCUCAAGUGCUUUCCUCGGUAUCAAAAAGGCGUUGCGGAGGUUAAACCAAACCCCAGUGAACUCUCAUAUCUGCUGUACUAUGCGAGCACACGUCGAAGCAAGCUGACCAAGGUCGGGGCUUUUCUGGAGAAAAGGGUGGCUAAGGAUGUCUGGAGGCGUCGAUUGGGAAAUGUCCAGGUCGCGCUGCACAUCCUGACCGCACUCAUCGAAAAGGUCCCUCGCGAGUUACCCAUCUACGCGCGCUACGUCCUCUCCGUCAUUGAAACUAUCUUGCGAUCGAACGAUAUCUCUUUGGUGGAGGAUUCCAUUGACACCUUUGAAACAUUCUGCCGUCAUCAGGAUAUUGCUAUCAUCGCCGCUGAGCAGGGCCUCGCUCAAAAAUACCGCGAAGUCGUUCGCACCUACGCCAGCUUUGCGGAUCCAACUUCCCCCUCCUACUCGCCUGCUAAAAUUAGUCCCCCGGUGGCCCUUCGAUGGAGAAACGCCGGUCUUCGUGCGAUCAGAGGUGUCGUCAGUUCUGAGAGCCUGACGGCUGAUGGAGGCACAUCCGUGAAGCUCAUUCUCCCCGUCAUUUUGGAGAACCUGUAUUCGCCUCAUGAAGAUAUCCUCAUUCCCCUCAAGGCGAGAUUUCAUGAGACCGAGAAAGGGGAUCGCGACGGAGCUCGACCCCGACGGAUGAGCGUGACGACAGUGCAUACGGUAGACACAGCAGAUGGCGACCCUGCCCUCGCCGCGCAGUCCACAGCCGAUGCAGAUCGGCAGGCGGAGAUGGAUGCGCGACUCAUGGCCCUUCGCUGUCUGGAGCAAAUCAUUGUUUCAGGCAGCAACCGCGGCCAGAUCCGCAUUGCGGCGACUGUCGUCCUGCGUUUCAUUGCCAACAAGCGAUUCCCACGACCCGCAACCGGGGGUCAGUCAAACGGUAUCAAUCAACAGGAUGGAAACUGGUCAACUUCCCUUAUUGAGUUGAUUGCGACAUGGUGCCCCGUUCAGGUCCGCUUUGUCAAUCUGAUGGCGGCAAUGGAGAUAUUGCACGACACUACUCCCACGGAGGAUGCCCUGGAUUCGGCCUUCACUAUUCUUUCGGUCGUAGACUGGCUUCUGAAGUCGUCCGUCAAUAUGAUCGGAUUGAGUGUCAUGGACAUCUUGUUUGGCCUGAUGCGAUACGUCUCCGAUAUUCUCUCCCCUACUGACCAAUCUGGAGUAGAGCCGGAGAAGAAUCUGAAUCCCUCUUCCGAUAGUGCGGUUUUCAUCUCUCCUCGGAGGAGAGCCCUACUCAGCCUCUUGGAGCAGUGCAUUGGAAAUUUGGCGACCCAUAUCUACUAUAGCGACCAGGUCGCUGAUAUGAUGCGGGCUAUUCUGCGGCGCUUCAAGCCCAGUCCUAGCCAAGAUAGUGUGGCCCAAUCUUCAUUGGCCACGGUCCAUGAAUCUGGCACAAUCCCGUCGGCUCCUGUCCAGGUGCCGGUGGCAGAGAUCCCCAGUAAUCCAGAGAAAGCCCAGGGAGAAAGCUUCUCGCAUGCUGCUGCCAAGCUGACUGCCCUGCGAGCUGUCAAGGCAAUUCUUGUCGUGGCGAACCUUAGAGCACCUGCGUCCAAGUCUGGAUCAGACUCUAGAAACCCAGUUGGCAUCCAUGUCUGGGAAGGUACACAAGGUCUUCUUCGGGACUCUGAUCAAGAGGUCCGUCAUGCCUACGCCGAUGCUUUCCUGUCAUGGUUGCACCUGGAAACCAACAAACAGGACCUCAAAGUCCGGACAGAUACACCCAAAUACGUUAAGCCAUCAUCAAGGCGUGACAAUGAGCAGCUAGACAAGCUAAGUCGGCGAAAUACCUCCGCUCCAGGAAACCAGAGAGAGCUGGCGGCCCUGGCGGCCCAGUCCAAUUUCCUUCGCCUGUUGCAUUUGGCUAUUUAUGACGCUGCUCUUGACUCCCCCACUGUGGAGUCAGAGGUUCUAGUGCAUCAUCUUCUUCUGGCUACCCUUGUGGAGAAUCUUGGAGUAAAUGCUAUCCAAUUUGGUCUGCCUAUGGUCUUGAAGCUCCAGGAAGAUUUGGUUACCUCCGUUGAUUUGGGUUCCUCUGUGGCCCGUAUCAACAUUGGAAGCUUGGUCCAUGGAUAUCUCCUCGCUAUAUCAGAAAAAUUCAAUCUCGAAGGUACGCAUGCAGGAGUUGAGAUUCGAAAUGAGAUCGAAAAGCGCCAGAGCAAGGGGCAAUGGCUCUCCAAGGUCAAGCUGCCUCCUACUGGUCUCGAUGGGAUUGCGGUGGAUGAUAGAAAGGGUAUCAACGACAAUGAUUCAGACCAUUCGAUUACUCUGACAUCCUUCCGGAAUGUCGACAACCUUGCUGACGGAAUCGAUGAGUCCUAUCGUCGGGCCAUCUCUUCGCCCCCACAGAGCCCACCAAUUUCGGCUCCGGCCCGAGGAUUCAGCUUCCCUGUUCUGAACUAUGCACAUGCAGCACCUCAAUUGCAGGAAGAGAGCGGUCUUCCAUCCCCUGUCAAAGAACAAAUGCUAUCUUCUUGGUCUCGAGAAAUCUGCUUAGCGGCCGUGGAGAAAGAAAGCAUCAAAACAUCAUCCAUCAGUGGCUCUCGUGGAGGCACCAUGACUCGCAACGGCAAUAUCAAUGGAUUGGCCAAUGGAUCCCCCGCUGGGUCUACGCAAAACCGUCGUAUGAGCAUUCCUGAAAUCUCCACCAAUUCAGAACAUAGCUCCCACCGGGGAUCGCCCGUUCGUGUCACCGAAUUGCGGCGUGUGCUCUCCGUGAACACCGAGUCUCAUUCACGGAAGCGCAGUCCUUUACGCAGUCUUGUUGACGCUUCAAACAUUAGUGUUAUAUCCUCAGGCAGCGAAAGCAUGGUUAGCGGGGCAUAUUCUAUCUCUGAGAUGGAAGCAGAUUCCGCCUCGAUCCAGGACCAAGAGGGUCAACAGACGCCUGAAGAGGAGGGUGCGGAGACCCCCCGCGCCCCUGGUGUUGCUGAUCAGACCUCAACAGACCAGGCACUAAGCCGGCUAAACUCCGAAGAAAUUCCUCCUGUUCCGCCCAUUCCUGCAAGCUUGUCCAUUCCUGGUGGCUUCCCGAAUGACUCUCAGCGGUCUUUGGUAUUCGAUCGGCCGUCCACUGCACCUGAUGCCCCGCAACAAACAGUCAAAACAAAAUCGGAAACGCCUCAACACUCUGGAAGCCGCAAAUCCCUGAGCCGCGACAAGAGCCGCUCUAGCCAUAAUCUCUCUACCGGAGCCUCGGAUUUCUUCCAGAACGGCGACUCCAAUGGAAAUGCAUCUUUAGACAGCAGCCAGCGAGACCAACUACGCAUGCUGCUGGAUGGAUUUCUCUCACCUGAUGAUAGCAUUCUGACCAACGGAGACCACCCCGCAACUGUAGUACCUUCAUCCAAAACUCCGCUGGGCGGAAACGCCGUUGGCAGGCGGCAAGUCAGCGGCGGGGGCAUCGGACGACCUCCCUACUAA